CUCGGAGCCCUGCGGGGCCGGCCGAGGGUGGAGAUGCCGCUGAAGGUCGUGGUGGAGCUGCAGAUCCAUGCGGUCUCUUGUCCUGGAGUAUACUUGACAGAGAAGAAUGAUGUUUAUCUCACUGUUUGCAUCCUGGGUCAGAGCAAGGAAACUGAUUGCCUUUCUCCUGUUUUUCCUCUCUUGUUUCAUGAGAAAAUGUGGUUUGAGAAGGUAUUUGAAAAAGCUACAGAUCCUGUUGCUGUGGUAGAACUGCUAGGAAGAAAUGUGACAAAAUUUCGGUUAUCUGAACUGAUACCUACAGAGAGAGAAGAGCUAGCAUUUUAUGAAGUGAAUACUCGAGAUUUUCUGUUUCCAGAGCCCAAACUGACUCCUGUGUAUCCUGGAGUGGACAGAGAGUUACUGAUGAAAACACAUCCAACUUUCCCAGGUAUUGCACCAAAAUUAGAGUUUUCCACCAGGACAACAAUUACCGAACUUCCACUUCAGUCCAGAAGAUGGUACCGUGACAGAAGUAAAAUCAAGUUACAAAGAGCUAUCUCUGCAUCACCUCGGCAAAGGAGCAUCUCACCAAUACGAUGUAGAGCAACAAGGAGGAAUAGCAUCUGUAAGAGAUUUACAAGAUCCUUAGGAUCCCGUUCUCCAUCUCCAAGCCCAGCAAAAUACUUCCAUGAGUUUGGUAGAGACAGUGAGCAGCAACUCUCUCCUUUGAGCUUCAGGUCUGUUAAGUUCAAAGCAGAAACAGAUCCCAGGCCACCUUUUGUAGUUAGACAUGUAGACCCUUCUAAAUCAUUUGCUGAACAAACUCCAUCACUGGUACCGUAUGGAAAUGCAAGACAAAAUGUGGAUCCAACAAGGAAUUCUCACAAAUCUCAGUUGAAACGAGCAUUAUCUUUUGAUAGCUGGAAAGCAUCAUGUCCCGCAGCCAAGAUUAUCAGAGAGCCAGAUGACUGCAGCAGUUCUGAUCAUGUUUCAUCAUCUCUUGAAACAGAGGGACCUCUUGAUUACUCCUGCAGCAAUUCUGCAUUUGACCACAAAGCAUUAUUUGGCUCCCCAAACCGUUACCGGUCACUAAGUCCUAGUGGGAGAUGGGCAUCUUCCCAACAGAGGUUGUACUCCAGCCCCAAUGCCACCUGGGAGGAGAUUAAUGAGAGAGUGAGGAAUCUCUUAACCUCAGAGGAGGCCAAGCAGAGACUUUCCCUUGGAGCCACCGAUUCUGAGAUUGAUGAUGUCCUUGAAAGAAGGUCUAUUUCUUUGAGGUCUUCCCCACUGUGUGACUCACUAGGACAAAGAUACUGUUCAUAGCUGUCAUUGGCAAGAUAAUACAAUGCCUUUGCAGAGAUAAUGCAGUACCCUUAGGAUACAGAAGAUCUACUGGUGCCAAAUCUCCAUUC